AUACAACAGCUCCAGCAAGCAUGGAAUUUUUGAAGGAAAUUAUGAGCAACAUCAACACAGAAUUCUAGUAAAUAGAACUAUCGGAAAAAAAAAAGUAGAGAUUUUCUAAGGGAAAAGAAAAUAAAAUGGUACGAAUCACUAUUGAUUUGAUACGUAAACGUUCAGAGCAUAACGAGGGUGAGAUAUCAACUUUGGAAGAAAUAUCGUUACAUCAGGAGAACAUAGACAAGAUCGAACUUUUAGACAAACUCUGUAGAAACUUAAAGAUCUUACUUCUUCAAUACAACAUCAUACCAAAGAUUGAAAAUCUCAAUAUGUUGAAGAAAUUGGAAUAUUUGAAUCUUGCAUUGAACAAUAUCGAAGUUAUCGAGAAUUUACAGGGUCUCGAAAGUUUGAAGAAGCUGGAUCUUACAAUAAAUUUUAUCGGAGAUUUGAGAAGCGUCAAAACUUUAAGAUAUAACGAGAAUUUGGAACAAUUGAUACUGACGGGAAAUCCUUGUACGGAUUACGAGGGAUACAGGGAAUAUGUGAUUUCAACAUUGCCACAGCUUAAAGAACUCGAUAUGAUUAAAAUUUUAAGAUCCGAACGAAUAAAGUCUUUGCAAAUAUACGCACAAGCAAAGGGAGACGUUAUCAGAGGUUAUGAUAAUUAUAAAAAGAUAAGAGAGGCUCAGAUAAAACGAUAUCACGAGAAAGAAGAAUUAAAGAUCACGGAAAUAAUAGAAGAAGACGAGGAUGCGGAAAAUGAAAGAUUUUGGAAACAAAAGAGUUAUCACACGCCGGAAGAUCGCAUUGCGAUCGCUGAACAUACGUUAAAAGCAGAAGAGAAAAAACAUGGGAUUUCGGAUGAAAAAAAAAAACAAAAAUACGUGCCAAAAUUGUUCAGUCCAAGUGGUAAACCUUACAACAUGAAUCAUCCGAAGGUUCCGUUUACAUUGAAUGACGAAGACGAUCAGGAUAACGUGAUCUUGGACGUUGGUGUUUACAGGUACCUCGACACGUCUUACAUAGACGUCGACAUUCAACCAACGUACGUGAGAGUGACGAUAAAGGGUAAAAUUUUGCAACUAACUCUACCCUGCGAGAUUCUCGUCGAUAAGAGCAGCGCGAAACGGAACGUAACAACCGGUAGUUUGGUCAUAACGAUGCCUCGUUUACAUCCUUCAAUGAUGUUACAUGGAACCUCGAUUACCUCAAGGACUACGAAAAAUGAAAAUCCUACGAGAAAGGAUAAUGCUGUGAUCAGCAUAAAAAAUCAAAUGUUCACGUCUACGAGAGAAUUUCUUGAGAUUGGGCCAUCGAGAAUCGACUCUGAGCUUGAUUUUUCUAAAAUAUUUGAAAAUUCAAGAAAGAAAGUUGAUAGAAAGUUAACGGUUGAUCAAAUCAAGGAGAAAGCCAUGCCCGAUGAUUUUAUCGAUAAUCCUGAGGUCCCUCCGCUCGAAUAAUGAAGAAAUUCUACGAUGAUUAAUAAUUAUAUUAAUUGUUUCGUUAAAUUAAUCCUUAAGUUAAA